AUGGGGAAUUAUAAAUCUAGACCAACCCAAACUUGCACUGAUGAAUGGAAGAAGAAAGUUAGUGAAUCAUAUGCUAUAAUCUUAGAAAGAUUAGAAGAUGACCUGCAGAUCAAAGAAAAGGAGUUCACAGAACUGAAACAUGUCUUUAGCUCUGAUGAAGCCUUCAGCAAAGUCAAUUUAAAUUACCGCACAGAAAAUGGGCUCUCUCUUCUUCAUUUAUGUUGUAUUUGCAGUGGUAACAAAUCCCAUAUUAGAACUCUUAUGCUAAAAGGGUUGCGCCCAUCCAGGUUAACAAGAAAUGGAUUUACAGCUCUGCAUUUGGCAGCUUACAAGGACAGUGCAGAACUUGUGACAGCCCUGUUGCAUGGUGGAGCUGACAUUCAGCAAGUUGGAUACGGAGCUCUUACAGCGCUUCAUAUUGCUACAAUAGCUGGUCAUCAUGAGGCUGUGGAUAUACUUUUGCAGCAUGGAGCUUAUGUCAAUGUUCAAGAUGCAGUGUUUUUCACCCCAUUACACAUUGCAGCAUACUAUGGCCAUGAACAGGUUACCCACCUCUUGCUGAAGUUUGGUGCUGAUGUGAAUGUGAGCGGGGAAGUUGGAGACAGGCCCCUCCACUUAGCUUCUGCCAAAGGGUUUCUUAAUAUUGCAAAACUCUUGAUGGAAGAGGGCAGCAAGGCAGAUGUGAAUGCUCAGGACAAUGAAGACCAUGUUCCUCUACACUUCUGUUCUCGAUUUGGACAUCAUGAAAUAGUGAAGUUCCUACUCCAAAGCAAUUUUGAAGUUCAGCCCCAUGUGGCCAAUAUUUAUGGAGACACACCUUUACACCUUGCUUGUUACAAUGGAAAGUUUGAAGUUGUCAAGGAAAUAAUCCAGCUGUCAGGAACAGAAAGUCUGACUAAGGAAAAUAUAUUCAGUGAAACAGCUUUUCACAGUGCCUGUACCUAUGGCAAGAACAUAGAACUUGUAAAAUUUCUUCUUGACCAAAAUGUUUUAAGCAUCAAUCAUCAAGGAAGAGAUGGGCAUACAGGAUUACACUGUGCUUGCUACCAUGGUCACAUCCGUCUAGUACAGUUUUUACUGGAUAAUGGAGCUGAUAUGAAUCUGGUAGCCUGUGAUCCCAGCAGGUCUAGUGGAGAAAAAGAUGAGCAGACCUGUUUGAUGUGGGCUUAUGAGAAAGGACAUGAUGCCAUUGUUACCCUUCUGAAGCAUUAUAAAAGACCCCAGGAUGACUCACCCUGUAAUGAAUACUCCCAACCUGGAGGAGAUGGUUCUUACGUCUCUGUUCCAUCCCCUCUAGGGAAGAUUAAAAGCAUGACAAAAGAAAAGGCAGAUGUUCUCCUCCUCCGUGCUGGUUUGCCAUCACAUUUUCAUCUUCAGCUCUCUGAAAUAGAGUUCCAUGAGAUUAUUGGCUCAGGGUCUUUUGGAAAAGUGUAUAAGGGAAAAUGCAGAAAUAAAAUAGUAGCAAUCAAACGCUACAGAGCCAAUACCUACUGUUCCAAAUCAGAUGUGGACAUGUUUUGCCGUGAAGUUUCUAUCCUCUGUCGACUCAAUCAUCCUUGCGUCAUCCAGUUUGUUGGCGCUUGCUUAGAUGAUCCAAGUCAGUUUGCUAUAGUCACUCAAUAUAUUUCUGGAGGAUCACUCUUUUCUCUGCUGCAUGAACAGAAGAGGAAUCUUGACUUGCAGUCUAAAUUAAUCAUUGCUGUAGAUGUUGCCAAAGGUAUGGAGUAUCUUCAUAAUCUUACACAACCAAUCAUACAUCGGGACUUAAACAGCCACAAUAUUCUUCUCUAUGAAGAUGGCCAUGCUGUUGUUGCUGAUUUUGGAGAAUCUAGAUUUCUGCAGUCCCUGGAUGAAGACAACAUGACAAAACAACCUGGGAACCUACGCUGGAUGGCCCCUGAGGUAUUCACUCAGUGCACUCGAUACACUAUAAAAGCUGAUGUUUUCAGCUAUGCUUUGUGUCUCUGGGAACUGUUAACAGGUGAAAUUCCAUUUGCUCACCUCAAACCAGCUGCAGCAGCGGCAGAUAUGGCCUAUCAUCACAUCCGGCCUCCAAUAGGGUAUUCAAUUCCCAAGCCCAUAUCAUCACUGUUAAUGAGGGGCUGGAAUGCAUGUCCUGAGGGAAGACCAGAAUUUUCUGAAGUAGUCACAAAAUUAGAAGAAUGCCUAUGCAAUAUUGAGUUGAUGUCUCCAGCCUCCAGCAACAGCAGUGGCUCUUUGUCUCCUUCCUCUUCUUCUGACUGUCUCAUUGCACGAGGAGGUCCUGGCCGUAGCCAUGUUGCAGCUUUACGUAGCCGGUUUGAGUUGGAAUACGCCUUAAAUGCAAGAGCUUAUGCUGUUUGGUCACAAAGCACUGGUCAACACCCUUCUCAAGGCCUGUCCUUGGACGACAUGAGGAGGAAUUUCCAGUACCCGCCUAUUGACAGAAACGGUUACGUGUCUGAUCCCAUGAGUUCUAUGCGAUUUCAUUCCUGCAGUAAUAGUGGCAGCUUUGAAGACAGCAGCUGA